CGAGCAUGUCGCGCGUCUCUUGCCGCUCUUUUUUUAUUAUUAUUUUUUUCACCAUACCCGCUGCUAUGAGUCGCUCCAGUUUCGUCGGUGGUACUUGGCGGUAUACCAACUGUCUCACUACUGGCGCGAACUGCUGGGGGCACCGACGACCCGAGAUCGAGCCGUCUGCUCAUUCGUCAUGCGCAUUUUCUUUAUUCCCUCCGCUCUUGUCUUUUCUUUUCUCUGCCUAUGUCAUUCAUUUGAUCCCAUAUUGUUCAAUCCUGCGGGACAUGUGUUGUUCGCAUCUUUCCUUUUGCGCCGUCAAUCUAGAGCAGGGGCUGACCGCAUCCAUUAAACAGUGGUCAUUACUACAUCUUUACCUCACCUUGCGUAAACGCGUGCGCCCCCUCUCAAGUCUAUCUCGACCUGCACGACUCUCUCCGUCCUCCCCUGCCUGUCUCCAACGGACCACUCCCAUAGGCCAUAGGCACCCCACCUAGCCUACUUUGCCUUCGACCCCCAGGCCAUCGUCACAAUUCCGCCGGCCGCGGUUGCGUCCCCAUCUCGCCCGUAACUGGUAUACGGUAUCCGGCGAUUUCUUCCCAUCCCCCCUGAACGCCACCAGUCAACACGUACAUCUAGUUCCCCAACACAUCUUAUCCCAUUUCCCUUCUCUCCAUGUCGCCCACUACCACCAUCUCCUCCAAAGCCCUCACCAGCAGCCAGAGCCACAAAAUCCACAACAACGGCAGCAUGGACGAAUUUGACGGCCGUACCAGAAAUGCCAAGGCUCAGAAGCGGCACAGGGAGAAGCAAAAGGCUCGUACGAAAGCUUUGGAAGAGUCUGUCCAGAUAUUGUCUUCCCAGCUGGACGAUGCGCGUCGACAACUCGGUCAGAUGCCUUUUGGUUCCAGCAACCCGCGCGCUCCCAUCACCGUUCACUCCCCAGAGUAUGCGCAGUUGAACGCCGAGAACCAAUACCUGCGCGAAGAGAACCAGGAUCUGAGACGACAAGUGUACACACUCCGCCUGACUUAUGGUGGGCCACCCGAGGCUGGCAACCCCGCCGACCUUGGGGCUAGCCCGCCAUUGAGGCAGGGGAGCAGCCAUGGUCAUCAUCCUAGAGUAGUCGCCACUCCCUCGUCAGUAUCUCAUCACACAACCAGCGGCCACAACGAAGGCACCCCUACGAGCACGACUUUCCCCGGCGUCGACGGAUUCCGUACCAACUCUGGCGACUCGUCUCGCACACGCGUCAUGUCGUCUUCUUCUGUACGUCCUCUUUCUGCUCCGUCGGCUUCACCGUAUCUUGCUUCGUCGACAUUCGGUGACAUGCGGAACUCUUCAACCAACUCCACUGCCACGGCUGCUCCACCAGGAAGCGGAGUGGCCCAGCUCGACCGCUCUUAUGUCGCUCCCCGCUACGAAUCCUACUACUCCCACAACGCCCCUCCACCACACGCCCUGCCUCGCUCUCAAACUGGUUAUAACGCCGGCGUCGACAUGAACAACUACCGUUCUGGCGAGACUACAUCAGGUGGCGACAACUUUUUCACUUCAGGCGAGGCUGGGCAUUCCUUCGCUGGCAGCCUUGGGUACUCACCCGUCAACUUCCACGGGGGGUCACCGGGGGUCCCGUCAUCCGCCGAGUCUUGGCGCCAACACUCUCAUUGAUCAACACUACUCCACGAGGUCGCCGCUUUUCCCCAACAUCCUCUCAUAGAUCUUGUUCUUUCAUGCUCAUUUCACGGCUAGGGCUUUCACACGACGUACUCAAUUGAAACAUUAUUGUAUCAUUAAUCAAAGCAAAUGGGGCGGAUUCUUUCUUCUUUUUUCGCUUUUCUCAUCUCUAUAUCUAUCUCCUUCAUGAUUUAUGGUUGUUUGUGUGUCUUUACGAAAGGAUAUGGGUCGGGAAUCCAGCAAAAUUAUCAAAAGAAGUUGAUCUUUUCAAGAUAUGCACUCCAUGAUAUAGAA